CCCGGGGGCGCGGAGGGAGCCGACAGGACUUCACGGAGCCCCUCUCUGUUACUAGCUGCUUUUAACCACCUACGAUGAGGAUCCGUCUGGCGAGAAGAUGGACGUGGGUCCGUAAAAGCUGCAUGUUCCUCGGCUUCUUGACGAUCGCUUACUUUGUGGUCGAGCUGUCGGUUUCUUCCUUCGGUGCCUCCCUCGCCGGAGAGAGCAUCACUAAAGGGAAAUGGGAGAGGCGCUUUUCUGACAGAGCAGAAGAAGCUGUAGAUUUGGCUCGUCCAGUUUAUGACAAACCCCCGCCUGAUCCUCAUGCCCCAGGAGAAUGGGGUAAACCCUCUCGCCCGCAGCUGAGUCCUGAGGAAAAGAAACAGGAAGAAGAGCUGAUCGAGAAGUAUGCAAUUAAUAUUUAUUUGAGUGAUAAAAUCUCUCUCCACCGGCACAUUGAAGAUAAUCGACUGAGUGGUUGUAAGACUAAAUCUUAUGACUACAGAAGACUGCCCACUACGUCUGUUAUAAUUGCUUUUUACAAUGAAGCCUGGUCAACACUGCUGCGGACGAUACAUAGUGUUCUUGAAACAUCACCUUCAGUGCUUCUGAAAGAAAUUAUACUGGUGGAUGACCUGAGCGAUAAAACUUAUUUGAAGGCUGAACUUGAAAAAUACAUAAGCAGUCUGAAAAGAGUUCGCUUGAUAAGAACCAACAAACGAGAAGGAUUAGUUCGUGCACGUUUAAUUGGCGCUACCUUUGCUACUGGUGAUGUCCUCACAUUCCUCGAUUGUCACUGUGAAUGUGUCUCUGGCUGGCUGGAACCAUUGCUCGAGAGGAUUGCUGAGAAUGAGACUGUUAUUGUUUGUCCUGUCAUUGACACCAUUGACUGGAAAACAUUUGAAUACUACAUGCAAACAGCAGAGCCCAUGAUUGGGGGCUUUGACUGGCGUCUGACAUUCCAGUGGCACUCGGUGCCUAAACAUGAACGUCUCAGGCGCAAAUAUGAAACCGACCCAAUCAGAUCCCCAACUAUGGCUGGUGGCUUGUUUGCUGUCAGCAAGAAAUAUUUUGAGUACCUGGGUACCUAUGAUACAGGAAUGGAUGUUUGGGGAGGGGAGAACUUAGAAUUAUCAUUUAGGGUUUGGCAGUGUGGAGGCGUGUUGGAAAUUCAUCCAUGCUCCCAUGUGGGUCAUGUGUUUCCAAAGCGUGCACCCUAUGCUAGACCAAAUUUCCUUCAGAACACGGCACGUGCUGCUGAGGUGUGGAUGGAUGAGUUCAAAGAUCACUUUUACAACAGAAAUCCAUCAGCAAGAAAAGAAAACUAUGGAGAUAUUUCUGAGAGAAAGAUACUUAGAGAGCGUUUGAAAUGCAAGAGUUUUAACUGGUAUUUAAAAAAUGUAUUUGCUGAGUUGCAUGUACCAGAAGAUCGUCCUGGCUGGCAUGGUGCUAUCCGCAGCACAGGAAUAUCUUCAGAGUGCCUUGACUAUGUCUUACAAGAACAUAAUCCUACUGGGUCUCACCUUUCUCUCUUUGGCUGUCAUGGUCAGGGAGGCAACCAGUUUUUUGAAUAUACAUCAAAUCAGGAGAUUAGAUUUAACUCUGUAACUGAGCUAUGUGCUGAAGUUCCUGAACAUGAAGACUUCAUUGGUAUGAGGAGCUGCCCAAAAGAUGGUUCUCCUGUGCCACAAAUUAUUAUCUGGCAUUUCAAAGAAGAUGGGACUAUUUAUCAUCCUCAUUCAGGGAAGUGCCUUACUGCUUAUCGUACAACUGGGGGACGUGCAGAUGUGCAGAUGAGAACUUGUAAUGCUGCAGAUAAAAACCAGAUGUGGAAAUUUGAGAAAUAAUCACUGCUGGUAGUAUGAAUUGAAUGGACUCUCCAAGGUUUUUGGAGUAAUCUCCAAAGUUUUUACGUGCAUGAACAGAUAGCAACAUUUGAUUGAAUACUUUGGAAUGUUUUCAGAUGUGUCUGUAGUGGUGUAGAAACUAUCUCUUGUGAUCAAUUGUAUAGAAAGCAAAAGUAAAUCCUGGAGUUUGGUUUCUAAAACAUGAAAUACAGAUCUAAUGCCUUUUAUUUUUGUAAAAUUUUGAUUCACUAUUUUCUUACUUUGGCCUGUCUUGCCUAUGGUAAAACAAAGGCUUUUGAGUGGACUAAGACAGGGUUUUUUUGGCUUAAUAAAAAAAAAAUUAUGCAAUAAUCCUGCAAGAUCACGUUACAUUAAAGUAACGAAUCUUUACUUACAGAAGUAAAAGUUAGGGUUCUUGCAGUGGUAUUAGCUGACCUGUGUUGCAGAUACGUUAUAACAUGUGUCUAACACCAUAAGUAAGGCAUGUGAUUGAAUGGACAUUGAUGUGGAAAACUGAAUCUAAGCCUUGUAAUAUUCUGCAUUUUUCUAGGAAUGUACAUGCUGUUAAGGGUAACAACUAGCUUGUUACAUAGAAGAACAGGAAGUUUAUUUAGUAGAUGGGCUUUGGCACUGCUUUGCGAUGUCGUACCUGUUGUAAAAAUCUUACCUCGUGGGUGUUAGUCAAGAGCCCUCAUGCAUUUAGAGAAGAGUGUGGUGGCAGAGGAACCAAGGACAUGCUAAUGGUACCACAAAUGGGAAAAAAUAGGGAUGGCAACAACUAAGAAUUCUGUUUAAAGGUAGUGGAGAAGGAAAGAAAGCACAGAAUUGCAUUAGGUACUAUGUUUUCUUAGCUGUAUAUUUAAUAUUUACAUUGCCUCUGUGUAAGCUUUUCCAUGUUCAGCCUCACAUCCUAGGAACACAAAACUUGUGUUCUAGACCAUGUAUCCCUUUUUUUUUUUUUCAUUUGUUCUGUCAGUGGAGGAGAGGAAGGUAACAGAGGAAAACUUGGGCUGUUUUGUGUUAUGGCAACAGCUGGCAUGGAUCAGUCCUAGACAGAGUUUUGAAAUAAUGCAGCAUAAGCUGCCUCUUUCUAGUUACAGCAGUAGCACAGGAGACCUUGGAUGAGGUUAAGAAGCUGGCAUUGCUGACAUGAGGGGAGUUGUAAAGGCAAAAAAAAGACAGCUUGGAGGAAAACAAGAUUUGUGGGGAAGCUGUUUAAGCCACGGAAUGGCUUAUUCAGAAUGUUUUGUCUAUCCUGUUAUGCUGAGUUCUGAAGAAUAUUGAUUCUUGAAUCAUGUCAUUAAUCUGUUUUGAGCGUGAUUAUAGAUGGUAGAUGUGAUAGAUAUAUUGUGUGUUUGAAGAAAAAUCUUGUGUUAGUAUCUGUUUUUUAGAUUUAUGUGAUUUAUAUGAUUUAAGUUGAACACUUUUCUUAAUAUUUUGGGCAUUCCAACUUUUUUGAUUGCUUUCACUGAAGUGAUAAAUAUUCUUCAGUAGCCACAGUGUAGUAAUUCUUGACAUGGGGCUGGUAGGUAGGAACUCAAGUUAGUGAGAAAGUGGGUGUGCAUUUGCUGCAGGUGUUAGUAGGUAGAAAGGUUAAAAAGGGGUGAGACCUGAUGUAGUUGAAGUUUUGCCAAGAAUAAAGGAAGAGUAAAUUAAGAUGUAUUUUUAAAUCUUAGUGGUUUGAAAGCAUUGAGAGGUUUGGGUGGAAGCAGGCGGAACGGAAGAAGAAAAUGUGGAGCUUGGGAUGUAGAAUUGAAUCAUGCUAAAAAUGCUUGCCACUGUGUGGCAUGGGUUAAGUCCUUAACUUAUUUUUAGGCAGUUACUUGCAGUUUAAUAUCUUUUUCUUUUUUUUCACUAAACUUUUUUUUCUGUUUUUAUUUUUUUUUUUUAAAGGAACUUUUUGCUACAUAAGGGAAACGUUCCUGAAAAAUUCCAUUCCACUCUGCAGUAAGGAAUUCUUUUCUGAACCUGCAAGUUAUGAAUCAUUUAUCAAAUUUUAAAAGGCAGCCAGUCAUUAUGUACUGGAGCAGUUAAUUAAAUAAAGUAUGUGCUUUUCUGAAAAGCUUGCUGUAGAUUGUUAUAUUCAAUAGAAAUGACAGGAAGAAGGCCGAGGUUCUCCUGUAUGGCAGGUCACGAGUUGUAUAUGCAAUGCAUGUUUCCUCAGAUGAAAGCAAUUAAAUGGUGUGAAUGUAGACUAUGCAAGUUUUAUACAGUUAACUUUUUUAGCACUUGGUAAAAACUGCAUUUCCUAUAAACAACUACCUUCAUGUUAAAACUGACAUUCAAAGUGUUCCUUAUCUAUUUAAGCAAUAAUUUUAAGUGAAUCUGCCUCUUAGUUUGAAAGUUAUUCUCUCUGUAUGUAUCUAAACCCUCCUUCCUCCCCAUGACCUCCCAUUCUAUUUUUGGAGUUAUUUAUAAACUAAUUGGGAAAAAAAAGUGGAAGCCCUGAAAAAAGAAUCUUCCUGAUGGGAGUAAGAAAUAUGGGAAUAAAAGGAGGAGGGACUAGAGAAGGAGAGAAAAAAAAAUAAGAGAAAGAAAACCUACCUUGCCAUUUCAAGUUCAACUAGUUUUGAAUUGAGUUGCGGCAACUCUACAGAAAUACUCCAGUUAUAUUUCAGUAUGUAUAGAUUUCUGGAAAAUCUGAAACUCUGAAUGGUUUUCUAUUCUUUUAGACUUUGAAAAUUUGGGAAACGCUUGUACAUAUUUUAAACUACUGAUUCUAAGUGACUUAAAAAAAUUGAAUGUAAACUUAACACUGAAUAAAUGUGGAGGGCUUUGGGGUUUCUAUUAAAAAAUAAAAUCCAGAAUGACAAUUAAA